GAAAAAGCUGCCCUCAAUCACCGCUGUGUCAGUAAGAAGAAUCUCCAUGGAUCCAAUCCUGGUCCUGGUGCUCACUCUCUCAUGUCUGUUUCUCCUCUCACUCUGGAGACAGAGCUCUGAAAGAGGGAAGCUCCCUCCUGGCCCCACUCCUCUUCCAAUUAUUGGAAACAUCUUUCAGAUAGAUGUAAAGGACAUCUGCCAAACCUUCACCAAUUUAUCAAAAGUUUAUGGCCCUGUGUAUACUCUUUAUUUGGGCAGGAAGCCGACAGUGGUCUUGCAUGGCUAUGAGGCAGUGAAGGAAGCUCUGGUUGACCAUGGGGAGGAGUUUGCUGGAAGAGGAAGGCUCCCCGUUUUUGAUAAAGCUACUAAUGGAAUGGGCAUUAUAUUUAGUAAAGGAAAUGUAUGGAAAAACACAAGGCGCUUCUCACUCAUGACUCUGAGGAAUUUAGGCAUGGGAAAAAGGAGCAUUGAGGACCGUGUUCAAGAGGAAGCACGUUGCCUUAUGGAGGAACUUAGGAAAACCAAUGGCUCACCCUGUGAUCCUACCUUCAUCCUGGGCUGUGCUCCCUGCAAUGUCAUCUGCUCAAUUAUUUUCCAGGAUCGUUUUGAUUAUAAAGAUCAGGAUUUUCUUAACUUGAUGGAAAAACUGAAUGAAAUAACCAAGAUAAUGAGCACCCCUUGGUUGCAGGUUUGCAAUACAUUUCCUGCUCUGCUUGAUUAUUGUCCAGGAAGUCAUAACAAAGUUUUUAAAAAUUAUGCUUAUAUUAAAAAUUUCCUUUUGGAGAAAAUAAAAGAACAUGAAGAAUCAUUGGAUGUUACAAUUCCUCGGGACUUUAUUGAUUAUUUCCUAAUUAAUGGAGGCCAGGAAGACGGCAAUCAUCCAUUGAAAAAUAGGCUUGAACACCUGGCAAUAACAGUGACUGAUCUUUUUUCUGCUGGGACAGAGACAACAAGCACAACACUGAGAUAUGCUCUCCUACUCCUAUUGAAGUACCCACAUGUCACAGCUAAAGUCCANGAAGAAAUUGAGCAUGUGAUCGGCAAGCACCGAAGCCCCUGCAUGCAGGACAGGAGCCACAUGCCCUAUACAGAUGCUGUGAUUCAUGAGGUCCAGAGAUUCAUUGACCUUGUCCCCAACAGCCUGCCCCAUGAAGUGACCUGUGACAUUAAAUUCAGGAACUACUACAUCCCCAAGGGAACAACUGUAAUAACAUCACUGUCAUCAGUGCUGUGUGAUAGCAAGGAGUUCCCCAACCCAGAGAAGUUUGACCCUGGGCACUUUCUAGAUGAGAAUGGAAAGUUUAAAAAAAGUGACUACUUCAUGCCAUUCUCAACAGGGAAACGGAUAUGUGCAGGAGAAGGCCUGGCACGCAUGGAGCUGUUCCUGUUCCUAACCAGCAUUUUACAGAACUUCAACCUGAAACCUCUGGUUCACCCAAAGGACAUAGAUGUAACCCCAAUGCUCAUUGGAUUGACCUCAGUGCCUCCUGCUUUCCAGCUCUGCUUCAUUCCUUCCUGAAAAUCAAAUGCCUGGCUCCAGCUGACAUCUUCUGUGAUCACCCUGAGGCUUUAAUUCACUGCUUUCCACACUGGACACACUGCUUUUUAUCCAGUUCUUUUGUCUCCUCAUAAUUUCAUAAGGGAUUUUUUUGGCAAAAGGGACCAGAAUUCAUCUUUCUUCAUUUCCAAGUAAAGUUUGAACACCCUAUUAUGAAGCUGUUGCUGUCUUAAUACAGAAUUGUAAGAUAGAGACAUGAAAGUAUUUUGGGAAAGAACUUGAAACAUCUAUUCCUUAUUUCAAACAGCAAUUAAAUUGGUUAAUGCAGAAUACUGAUAUUUGGCCUAUUGCAUGGUAAACACUUUAGGCCAAUUUUGAUAAUCAUUAUCCAAAAGACAAGAUAUUAGAAUUUGCCUCUAUUCAUAGUUUUAUAUUUUCUGUAAAUUUAUGCUUGCAGCCAAUAAGGAAUGCAUUUACUAUAUUUAUAAACAGUUCAUCUAAUAGGAGAGAAACAUAUGUAAUUGGAUCACAUGUUUAUUCUCUUAAGUUUCCCUCCUGCUUCACAAAUUAUUGAAUUAUGUGCUCUAGCCACUGUUUUUGAAAUGUUGAAAAAUUAAGCUUUUAAUUUGUAUACUGAUAACCAAUAUAUAGCUCAUGGUUUACAAUUGCUUGAAAUUGUUCCUUUUUAAAUACUGCUAAUUCUCAAAUUUUACAGAUAUUUAUACAAAUACAGCUUAAUUUAAGAAACAUGUACUAUUCUUUAUCAUAUAUGACAUUUAAGAGCUCAUACUGGAUUGCCUGGACCCCUGGGCAAUGCCACAGCAGAUUUGUAUACCAGGCAGAUUAUAGGCCUUACAGGAACAAUUAGCUAAAAAAUCUCUUUAUUUACAUCAUCAAAAUAGUAAUAGUUAAGACAAAAAUUUGUAUUUCUAGAGCAUAUGCACAUCAAAUUUUAAAGACUUGUGCUCAGUACCCUCAAUUUCUUCAUGUACCACAUAAUGGUGUUAAUCCUCAAAGAUUCAUACCAAUAAAUUAUGACAAAUGUAUAUUACCCAUAUUCCCUUAUUAUUCUAAAGGACAGGUAUUGUGGAAAAAGUCCAUGGAACUUUAAAACAAUAUCUUCAUAAAAUAAAAAGGGGGAAUUAUAUCCCUGUACACCACAAAAUUAUUUUAAUUUUAAAUUAUUUUAAUUUAUGCUUUUUAUUUUAAAUUUUGGAUGCCAAGGAGCUCUCUGAGUGUAGGAGGAGAAGCUACUGAUGCUUCUGCCCUGAUUUUUGCAAAGAAAAAAUCAUGAGCUCCUUAGAACAGCAUAGGUACAGAUAUAGAAAGGAUAGAAACUUUGAUUUCCUAUUUGCAAGAAUCUCUGACCUCCUCAUCUGAGGUAGUCCUUCAAAACAGGAGAGAAAUUGCUUUUUUAUUGCUACAACAGGGAAGACUAUGUGCAGCCUUCGACAAAGAAUGUUGCUCUUACGUAGAUCAUUCAGAUGUAGUAGAGGAGUCUAUGGCUAAAGUUCGAGAAGGAGUAAUCAAAAGGAAAGGGGAAAAAAAGAACAGAAUCAAGAAUGGUUUGAAUCUUGGUUCUCCACUUCCCCAUGGCUUACAACUUUAAUUUCUACACUGCUUUGACCAUUAAUUAUAAUUUUGUUGCUUUUAACUUUUGGACCUUGCAUCAUAAACAGAUUGGUUGCCUCAAUACAGGAUUGCUUUCAGCAAGCUCAGCUAUUCACCAUGGCAGUUAUUCACUGCUAUGAAGAAAUGCAUUGAGUGCAUAUUCAUAUGUCUUUCAUGCCUUUGGUCUGAAUGGUAAAGAGUGUGCUAUACAAGACCAGUAGUUAGAGAUGGGUAAGAGUAUUCUUGAGCUCCUAUCUACCUAAGACAGAGACAUACAUCAAUGCUAUGUUUGCUCUCCAUGAUGGGUAAGAAGGGGUAAUAUAGACACUGACCUAAGACAGGAAGGGUCAACUGGCCACUCUUUACCCUAGACAGGAUUAUGGAAAACAAGUAAAUCUUGUGCCCCCAUCCAGCAACUGGUACUGCUCAUCUUUAAAAAACAGAAAGGGGGGAAUUGUGGCUUUCCCAGCCUUGAGCAGGUCUUUUCCAGCCUUGAGCAGGCUGAACAGACCUUGAGCACUUGCCACAAUGGACCUUAUCAUCCUUGGUGGAGUCAUCUGCCUUAGGUGCACAUGAAAGUUCACACAGGAACUUAGAAGAUUAGACUGCCUGAUGACGUUGCUUUGCAAAACAAAGGAUUGGUUUUGUGGGCUUUCCCUAUAUAAAUGCAGUGCUGAAUAUUAAACUUGGAGGCUUGAUCAGAA